UCGACCCUAGUCCCCGGCAAGCCGGCCUGGACGCUGCGCCGCCGCGGGCAGCGAUGCGCAGAGUGUCCGCGCCGCCCCGGAGCCGCCGUGCGGCACCAUGAAGCUCCGCAGCAAGGCGGCAGCGCUGCUCCUGCUCGCGCUGGUCGUGCUGCUGCUGGCGCUGCUGUCCUUGCGCGCCCGCCGGGACCCGGAGCCCCCUGGGUUCCCCGCGCGCCCGGAGGCUGCCCCUCAGCGCCGCCACGCGCCGGUCCCCACGCUCCCUCCGGAGCCCCACGCCUUCCCCGGAGCCGCUGGCCGGCGCUCCCCCAGGCGCCAGCCCCCACGUCUGCGCCCCCGAGCGGGCCGCCCGCGCGCCGCCAGCCGCGAGAAGUUGGCGAGGAGGCCUGGGGAAGUGAAUAGUUUGCGCUCUGUGCCACCCGAACUCUGGAUUCACCUGGCUGUGGUGGCCUGUGGCAACCGGCUGGAGGAGACUCUGGUCAUGCUCAAGUCAGCUGUGCUUUUCAGCCACAGGAAGAUGCGCUUUCACAUCUUCACGGAAGAUGCUCUGAAGCCCGAAUUUGAUAAACAGUUGCGCCAGUGGCCUGACUCCUAUACAAAGAAGUUUGAGCACAGACUCUACCCUAUCACGUUUUCCGUCGGAAACCCUCAGGAAUGGAAGAAGCUCUUCAAACCCUGUGCCGCCCAGAGACUCUUUCUCCCGGCGAUCUUAAAGGAUGUGGACUCGCUUCUCUACGUGGACACUGACGUCCUCUUUCUGCGGCCCGUGGACGACAUCUGGAAGCUUCUUAGACAGUUUAACUCCACCCAGCUUGCUGCCAUGGCCCCAGAGCAUGAAAUCCCGAAGAUCGGCUGGUACAGUCGCUUUGCCCGGCAUCCUUUCUACGGCUCUGCAGGGGUUAACUCCGGAGUCAUGCUCAUGAACUUGACUCGCAUAAGAAGUACCCAGUUCAAGAACAGCCUGGUUCCGGUGGGCCUGGCUUGGGAGGAGAUACUGCUUCCGCUCUACCAGAAGUAUAAGAACGCCAUCACGUGGGGAGACCAGGACUUAUUAAAUAUUAUUUUUUAUUUCAACCCAGAGUGUCUCUACAUGUUCCCCUGCCAGUGGAACUACCGCCCUGACCAUUGCAUGUAUGGAAGCAACUGCAAAGAGGCUGAGCGGGAAGGCGUGUCUGUUCUGCAUGGCAACCGUGGCGUCUACCACGACGACAAGCAGCCCACUUUCCGAGCGCUCUAUGAAGCAAUCCGGGAUUUUCCCUUUCAGGACAAUCUGUUUCAAUCUAUGUACUACCCUCUGCAGCUGAAGUUUUUGGAGACGGUGCACACCCUGUGUGGACGGAUCCCCCAGGUUUUUCUCAAGCAGAUUGAGAAAACAAUGCGAAGGGCUUACGAGAAGCACGUCAUCAUCCACAUGGGCCCCAACCCCAUGAGCUGAGAGUGUCCUCUUGCGCUAAGCCAGCCUGGUGUCUGUGACAGAGGACAUGGAUCCUUACGCUGCCCUGAUAUUUGUGUGGUGUGUGUGUGUGUGUGUGUGUGUGUGUGUGUGUGUGUGUGUGUGAAUAUUUAAUGGUGCUCUGUGACUGUUGAGGUUCAAAAGCCUGAUUGUAUUUUCCUAAGUUAAUUAUCCCUAAAAGGGAAUAUGCUUUUCUUUAUUUUCUCCUGAUAUCUCCUGAAUCUUUUAUU